CUCCGAGCCUGCCCGUGCCGACAAAAUGGCUGAUGUGGGCUCGGGCCUGGAGGGGCCAGACCUGGGGGCGCUGAGCCCCGAGCAGCAGGCGCGGCUGCUGGAGCUCAAGAUCAGCACACGCAUUGCCAACGAGAGGUACUUGAGGGAUCACCGGGAAGUGGAGCUGCUGCUCUCAGGAUUCAUGAGAGAAGUGCUGCUGAGAAGACCAGAGAACAUCCCGGAGUUUGCGGCAGAACAUUUCACCGACCCUGAGCUGCCGAUGAAGAUCCAGAAGCAACUCAUGGAAAAAGUCAAUGCGACAGAGAGGCCCAGAGUGCGAUAGACACCCAGGAGCAUUUCCUUCCUCACAUGGUUCCUGGCUUCCCUCUGUGGUUUCUGGCAUGCAUUUAAGUUGUUGCAAUACAGCUCCUAACUCAGCUCUACAGUGUCAUCUGGAGGCAGGCAGGUACAUGCCAGGCCUGCCUUCCAAGUGCUGCCUCCUUGCUGUGCGUUUUGGAUGCUCCUUCAGGUAAUCAUUAAACCAGGCUUUCUGCCCAACCCGUUUCUGUGUCAGGGAAAAGCAGAGACCAUGAAGCUGGAGCAUCAGCCAGGCUGGCUCAGGGGUCAGCGGAGAUACAGAAAGCAACCGGUUGGUUCCUCGCUAAGCCCCCUCCUGCCUCCACUCACUAUGGUCUUUGCUAAUGUGUCAUCAGGCCUGGGCCCAUCUCUGCAACUGAUGUGCUACAGGACAUUGGUCACGUCCCCUUUCUGCCUUGGUCUUGCUCCCCUUCGCUUAGACAAUCAGAGUCUGUCUCUGUGCCAGUCUCUGCCAGCCCAGGGCUCUGGAAGGGAAGGAGGCUCUGGGGACACGUGGGUUUCUGCCACCACCUGCUGGAGGUCUCAGCAGCCACCAGAGGCCAGAACAUGGCAUGACCCCAGGCUUAGUGUCCCCUCCAGCAACAGCCUCUUUCUUCUCUGCCCGGGGCCAGUAAAGCACACUGGCCUGGCAUGUCGGAGCCCUGUGCCCAGCUGUGUGACCCUGAUAGGCUCAGCCCAGACCCCUUGUGCCUCAGUUUCCCCAUCUGUGGAAGAGGGAUGAGAAUGCUGACCUGCUGGGCAGACUUCUGCACUCUUGAUCUGGAUCACCUUGAGGCAUCGCUGUGUUCCUAUGACCUAACUAUAGAUGGACCAAGGGCAGCACUUGGGCCAACAACAGGGGAGGAUAUAGUUUGUAUUUGUCUCACACAUGUGCUGGUGCAUGGGCAUAUGUACGUAUGUACAUACACACACAUACACACCUUCCGCUCCCCACGUCAGCCUCACAGCAGUUGCCAGAGCCUCUGGGCUACAGAGGAUCCAGCUCCAAAGCCCAAGAGGCCUGGAUGAAGGAGGCCUGGCC